GGCUGCUCGUUUUGCCGGGGCAGCUGGGCCGGAGGACAGGUGGGUACGCGGGAGGACUUCGCGCCGGGCGGGGACGGUGCAGCUCUGUACCGGGAAGGCGCCCGGGCGCUUCGUGCGGAGUUUGGAGCCGAGUUUCGGGUGCUGGUGUGAUCCCUGCCUCUCCUCCCAGGCUGGUGCCAUGGCUGACAUGAUAUUUGGCAGUGGGACAGGCCAGUGGGUGUGCCCCAAUGACCGGCAGCUCGCACUGCGUGCCAAGCUUCAGACAGGCUGGUCAGUGCACACGUUCCAGACUGAGAAGCAGAGGAAGAUGCAGGCUCUGAGCCCACAGGAACUUGAGGUCAUUCUGGAAGUCAUCCGCAAGGCAGAGAAAUUGGACAUCAUUGAGCAGCAGCGCAUCGGGCGCCUGGUGGAGCGGCUGGAGAACAUGAGGAAGAACGUGAUGGGGAAUGGCCUCUCGCAGUGCCUGCUUUGCGGUGAAAUGCUUGGGCUGCUGGGUGGCACGGCGGUCUUUUGUCAGGAUUGCAAAAAGAAAGUUUGCACCAAGUGUGGAAUAGAAACCUUUGGAGCCCAGAAACGUCCUCUUUGGUUGUGCAAGAUCUGCAGUGAACAAAGAGAGGUUUGGAAGAGGUCUGGUGCGUGGUUCUACAAAGGGCUGCCCAAGUACAUCACGCCUUUGAAGAGCAGCAGCAAAUCCAGUGAGCAGCACUCACAGCCUUGGCAAAGUGAGCCAGCCAUACUGGAGGCAGAGAGCAUCGGGACCAGCCGAUCCUUCACCUGGGCCAGGGGAAAAGUGGUUUCUAGUGACAGUGAGAGCGACUCAGAGUUCAGUUCCUCCAGCCUGGAUGAUAAGCCCUCACCUGCAGGGUCAAAAGGCUCACAAGGCGGAAAGCAACAAGCAGGACUAGCACCCCUCAGGGAGCCCAGCCGGGGCAAGGUGCUGGGGAGCACCCACUCCCCAAGCCUGUCAGGGAGCCGCAGCAGUCUGGGCAGCGAGCAGGGGGCUGACCCCAGUGCCACGGAGAGCUGCCACAGUGACCAGCCAGCCGAUGGGCGAGACAGCGAUGCCGGCAGCAGAGUCCCUGGCAAACGGUGCAUCCACACCAGAACACGACGCUGAUGGAGGUGAAGAUGGAGCUGCUUUGCCUGGAUCCAACGCUUGCCCCUUGCCCAUUCCUGUAGACCUCACUCCAGACAACAACUGCUGCUGCUGGUGACUUCAUGAUGCUCUUGCACAGGCAUUAGCAACACGAUGGCACCUAGGGAAGCACUUGCCUGUCCUCUCUGCCUCACUGACUUGGUUUAUGGUUUGGUCUGAUUUCCCCUUCUGCUGACUGACUUGCACUUCGGGGUGCUGCUCAGAAAAGGGUACUGUGCUGUGCAGUGCUGCCAUGGGGUCCAGACCCAUGUUUCUUGGAAGGGAUGCACAAAGUGUGUUCACAGGAGCUGAAGAAAUAUGUGCUGCCUCUGCUGUUCCUGGCUUGUCAAG